AUGGAAGAACAGAUUGUUUCAGCGAUUCGAUUCGCUUGGGAUCCUAAAGCGCCCCAAGACGUUAAAGUACCUGCCUUCGAAUUCGUCAACAACCUAAGACAAGAGGCUGCGGCAUGGCAGCCGUGUCUCGAGAUCUUCACUCGUCUCCCUCGAUAUGAAAAUGUGAUUCGAGUUUUCAGUUUGGAUAUCGUGAACAAUGCAAUUCGAGCGGGAAAUCUCGACCAGCAAAACUUGAAUUUGAUUAGGCAGCAGUUGAUGAACUAUCUCGAGACCACAUAUAAGGUACAAGCUGCUGGCUUAAAAGAGGCUCCUGACACUCCUGGCAUUGAGAACAAAAUUGCACAAACGAUCACGUAUCUGUUCUGCGCCUGUUAUGCGACUACCUGGCCAUCUUUCUUCGACGACCUACUCAACCUGACUACUAGCACGAACGGCUCCCAGCGAGAUAACCUGACCGGCGUCGCUUUCUACCUUCGAGUCAUCGAGUCCGUUCACGAUGAAAUUGGUGAUGUGUUGCAGGCAAGGUCCAGAGAAGAGCAGGACAGAGCAAACGUACUCAAGGACUUAGUCCGUGCGAGAGAUGUGGCCAAAAUCGUUCAGUCAUGGCAAGAGAUCUUGGAGCACUGGCAGUUAUCCAGUGGUACCAUUGGUGACCUGACUAUGAAGGCUGUUGGAAAAUGGGUUAGCUGGAUUGACAUCUCCUUUAUCGUCAACCCAAGAAUGCUGCAACUGAUUUCUCAGCAAAUCGACCAGGCACGAGUCCAAGAGCUGUCGUACGAUGAGGAGAGAGCCAGAGAUUCUGCGUGUCAUGCCAUCACUGACAUUGUGAGCAAGAAAAUGACAGCAGCCGACAAAAUUGAGAUGAUCGAUUUUAUUGGUGUACAGGCCAUUGUCGAAAGGAUAUCUGCCUGGCCUAUACUUGCCGAUCAACACAAGUCUUAUUACGAUGCUGACCUUGCUGAAGUAGUUGCCAAAAUCGUGAAUGCCGUUGUCCUAGAAAUUGUUCGAACCCUGGAAACUGAACAACAAUCCUCGCAGACAUGGAACAGAGCUGAGCACAUGCUACGUUCAUUCCUACCGCAUUUGCUGCGAUACUUCUCCGAUGAAUACGACGACGUUUGCUCUAACGUGCUGCAAGGUAUGACUGACGCGUUGUCCUUCUUACGGCGUGCCUUUCAGGGAGAUGAAUAUGUAUCACAGAGGGCAAGCAUACUUAUGCCAAUUCUAGCCGCCAUCUUUCUCAAAUCGAGAGUCGACGAUGUUAGAGAUCUGGAAGGCAUCGACGAUGGUAACGAGACCGAGGAAGCAGAAUGGCAGGAGCUAAGAAAGCGGUUCAGCAACUUGCAACAGACCAUUGCGGCCACAGAUGAACAACUGUAUAUUGAUGCUGUGUCAGGCCUUGUCAAUGCAACAUUUGAGCAACUGCAAGUCUCUGGCCACAAUCUCGAUUGGAGGGACCUAGACCUUGCCCUCCACGAAAUGUACCUGCUUGGUGAUCUCGCUGUCAAGAGUGGCGGACUCUACCAGAAGCACAAACCCAACUCCCCAUCUGCAGAACGACUUGUACGCAUGAUGCUACUUUUGGUUGAAUCGCAGACAGGCACAUUUCCAUCACCAACCAUCCAGAUAUCAUAUAUGGAAAUUUGCGUCCGUUACGCAAGUUUCUUCGAGAAGCACACGCAGUAUGUGCAGCCAACAUUACAGAACUUCAUACAACAUGCUCAUAGUCCAAAUGUUCGCAUUAGGUUACGUGCAUGGUAUUUGCUGCAGAGAUUUGUGCGCCAACAGCGUCACAAUGUCGGACCAGUUGCAGAUACCGUUGUGCCGAAUCUGCAAGACCUGCUUGUCAUCAAGGCAGAGAUGCCGAAGGUAACAAACGGCGACGAAGACGAAUCGGACGACGAAAGAAGUGAUAGCACUUUCACUAGUCAAUUAUAUUUAUUUGAAGCCGUUGGGUGCAUUAUUAGCACAACCAGUGUUCCAGCUGAAAAGCAAUUACAAUAUGCUCAAGCUGUCAUGCAGCCACUGUUCACGGAUGUGCAGAACAACUUGAACGUUGCAAAAACAAGCAAACAGGCAUGUCUACAAAUUCAUCACGAUCUUAUGGCAUUUGGCAACGUAGCAAGAGGCUAUUUUGACUGGCAAGGUACUACUAACGUUCAGGCUGUCAACAAUAUUCCUGCCCCGCUCAAAGAUGCAUUCACACAGGUGGCAGAGGUCACCUUGAUUGCAUUGGAGUCGUUAAAUACAUCGUUUGAGAUUCGCGAAGCUGCAAGAUUUACAUUUGCACGGUUGUUAGGUAUGAUAGGCCAGCAGAUAUUGCAGCAGCUGUCGAGGUGGGUCGAUGGAUUUUUGACGGAGUCCUCUAGCCGAGAUGAAAUCGCACAACUGCUACGUUUGCUCGACCAAGUCACAUACGGGUUCAAGAAUGAGAUCUCAGAUUUCUUAGACACUAUAUUUGGCGGUUUAAUCCGUCGUGUAUGGGCCGGAAUUUCAGCUCCUACUACAGGCACAGACGAUGAGGUUGAGCUAGCUGAGCUUAAGAGAGAGUAUCUCAAUUUCCUACUAGUAACUCUUGGAAAUGGUCUCGGCGGGAUUUUAGUGAGCACUACUAAUCAGCCGCACUUUGAAAUGGUGAUUGAGUCCAUCGAGCACUUUACAAAGGACAUUACCGACCCCACCACAGCGAAAAUGGCUUUCCAGCUUCUUGCGAGGAUGUGCAUGGUAUGGGGAGGUGCAGAUGCCGUAUCGGGCCAAAUACUAGCAGAAAUGACACAAAGUGGUCAACAGGAACUUCCAGGCUUUAAGCAUUUCAUGAUGAGUCGAUUCUCACCAUUAUGCUGGGCUGGUCCAUCAAACCCGAACUUCAACCCGAAAGAUGGACAGUCGCGGCAAGUACUUAUGGAGGCAGCUGGUCUGCAGAAGAUGAUAUACGCGAAAGUGGGCGAGGAAUAUAUUACUUAUUUGCGCAAUACUGAAUUGCCGACCGUUGGUCUACAAGGUGGACCUAUGAUGGAGGACUUCUUCACGAAACUAAGAUCGUUAGACUUGAAGUCCUGGAAGAGCUGGUUUGCGAGGUUCGUCAGUUCUGGAGGAGCUAUGUAG